AUGCGUAUAGAUACGUGUCUCCCUAGUAUUUCUAUUGUUGAUGGACUUGACAAUAUUGCCAUAAAUAACACACCAUAUGCAAAAAAAGCUGCUAGUUAUAUCAACAUUGUAAAUGAAUUACGUCGUAUCGGUACAGACUUCGCUGUAAAUUUACCAACAAUCGUUUUUUGCGGUAAUCAGUCAGCUGGAAAAAGUAGUUUGAUCGAAGCUAUUUCGGGAGUAAAGCUCCCAAGAUCUGAUGGCACAUGCACAAGAUGUGUUAUGGAAAUCAGACUUAGUGAAUCGAUCGAUGAGUGGAAGUGUCAAGUUUUUUUACGUAAAGAGUAUGAUGAGAACGAAAUGCAACUCAAUCGGCCAAUAGAAUCAAAGUUUGGAUCGUUAAUUAUUGAUCCAGAUAAUGUGGAAUUAAUGGCCCGUAGGGCACAAAAAGCCUUAUUAAACCCAAGGAAAAAUAGUGACUUAUAUUUUAAUUGGGAUUUCGGUAAUAAGAAUUAUGAUGACGAUUCAAAAUCAAACGCCAUCAAAUUUACAAAAAACGUCGUAUGCAUUGAGAUAAAAGGACCUGAUGUCCCGAAUUUAAGUUUAAUUGACUUACCAGGGAUUAUAA